AUGUCUCAUCGCUCUGGUCUCCCUUGCUCAGAGGAAAUGGCGGAGUACUAUGAGAACAUCCCAACUCAGUGGCCCGGAAUUGAAGCUUCACCGUUUGGGGGCAUCAACCCCUACUGCACAGAGCCUCUAGUGCCACCCAGCGUUUUGACUCCAAUCAGUCUUCCAGACAGCUCCUUCGGUCCCAGUCCAGCACUAAGUCAUCACGCACAUGACUACCGCAGCCAAGAAUACCAAUACGCCAUCAACGACUCCCUCCACCCCCCACAGGGUCUCGGCAUCUCUGCACCCUUCCCGAGUAACUUCCCCAGAACUUCAGCCCCGAAUGCCGCCUACCUCUACGCACCGGUAGCAAAUGACAUCCCACAUGGCAUGGUGCAAACGCCUAGUCAGUCGCCGCAGGGUCCAUCACCAUCCAAGCGCGCCAAACGCCCAUCCUCAAACACACCCUCGCGCGAGCCAAUAAGCAACACGCCAGUUAGCAUCGCGCCUAAUCCAGAAGGAGUUCUCCGAAUGGAGUAUGACCGCCAAAACUCCCAGCCAUCCCCGCAUAUUCUUCCUAAGAUCCGGGCUCCCGGCCGCGGACGCCGCGACCCACAAGCAGAAGAUGAAGAUGCAUUCGUAGAGGAGCUGCGAUUGGAACACACAGCUUGGAAGCGCGUACGCGAGGAAUUCCAGAAAAAGUUUAACAAAGAUGCAUCCGAGGCACGUUUGCAGAUGCGUCUUCUCCGCCGCCAGCGAGAUCGCAUGGCGCGCUGGGAUGAUUCAGAUGUAGAACUUCUGAACCACGCCCUUGAGAUCUGGGAGAGAGAUAAGUUCCGUUUCCUCUCGAACAAGUUAAAGGAACUCGGUGCUACGAGGUUGUAUUCGCCUGAUCAAUGUCGGACUCAACUUCGAUUUUUGGAGGCGAAACAACAGCAUCGGGAUCGUGCAAGUGCAUCAUCGCCAUCUGCUAUGUCUGAUCCUGCUCCUACUACACCUUCUGUGUCUCGGAAACGACCCCGGGCUCAGUCUUUAGAAUUGGAGUUCAACAUCGAGGAAGAGUUCUUUUAG